AUGCUCAUAAGCCUUCUACGGUCUGCCUUUCCUGAUGCUAAAUUGCCUAGUUCAUAUGAGGAGGCAAGGUCAUUGGAGCGAGGGUUGGAUUUCAAGUACCACAAAAUACACGCAUGCCCAAACGACUGCAUUUUAUUCUGGAAGGAAUAUGCUGAUCUUAACGAGUGCCCUAUAUGUAAGGCUUCGCUUUGGAUGCCAAAUACACAUGGGUCACGAGUGAUCCCACAAAAAGUGCUUCGGCAUUUUCCUUUGAAGCCAAGAUUGCAGCGUCUCUUUGUGACAGACAAGAUUGCGUGUGAUAUGAGAUGGCAUAAAGAGCAGCGGGUACCCGAUGAGACUAGUAUGAGACAUCCUGCUGACUCUCAGUCCUGGAAGACAUUUGAUCAAGCCCAUUGUUGGUUUGCUAGGGAUGCUCGCAAUGUUAGGCUCGGUCUGGCAAGCGACAGCUUCAAUCCCUUCAACAACCUAGCAAAACCGUAUAGCAUUUGGCCAGUGAUUCUUGUCCCGUAUAACUUGCCGCCGUGGUUAUGCAUGAAAGACCAGUUCUUCAUGACAUCACUCAUUAUCCCUGGUCCAAAAUCACCAGGGAAUGACAUUGAUGUGUAUUUGCAGCCGUUAAUUGAUGAGUUGCUUGAACUCUGGGAACAUGGGGUACCUACAUAUGAUGCUUCUACAAAGGAAAUGUUCAUGUUGCAUGCUGCCUUAUUGUGGACAAUUAAUGAUUUCCCUGCAUAUGAAAAUCUUUCUGGGUGGUCAACAAAAGGGAAAUUGGCAUGUCCCUCUUGCAAUGCAAGCACAGAUUCUAUUUGGUUGAAGUAUGGUAGAAAACAGUGUUAUAUGGGACAUCGACGUCUCUUACCGGCAGGUCACAUUUGGAGGACGAGGAAAGGGUUGUUCAACGGUAAAGAAGAUUAUCGCAUGCCACCAAAUUGGGUUGAAGAAGCAGGUCUCUUAACUCAACUACAAAUGCUUGGAGAUGUCCAAUUUAGAAAAUCUUGUGGGAAGAGAAAACGCCCUGCAGAACAGUUGAACUGGACAAAGAAAAGCAUAUUUUUCAAACUACCUUAUUGGUCAAUGUUGCGGCUUCGACAUAAUCUAGAUGUUAUGCAUGUUGAGAAGAACAUUUCCGAUAGCUUAUUGGGCACUUUAAUGGACAUUCCUGGCAAAACAAAAGAUAAUAUAAAUUCUCGGCGUGACUUGGAGAACUUGGGCUUCAGAAAAGAAUUGCAUCUUAAGUCUGAAGGUGGACGUGUUACAAUGCCACGUGCAUUGUACACAUUACAUGGAGAUGAAAGGAAUAAAUUCUGUGAGUGGCUCGCUGGGGUUAAAUUUCCAGAUGGGUUUGCCUCCAAUGUCACACAUUGCGUAUCUGUACGUGAUUGCAAAAUCACUGGCCUCAAAAGCCAUGACCAUCAUGUUUUCUUGCAACGAUUGCUUCCUAUUGUUGUUGGGGGGUUCUUAAGGAGUGAUAUUGCAUUGGCAUUGACUGAACUUAGCAGUUUCUUCAAAGAGUUGUGCGCCCGAAACCUGGAUGUGAAUCGCUUAUCCCAGCUUCAACUUGAUAUCGUCACCAUUCUAUACAAAUUAGAGAUGAUAUUUCCUCCUUCUUUUUUCGAUAUUAUGGUCCACCUAGCUGUCCAUUUACCGGGUGAGGCCAUACUCGGGGGUCCAAUUCAAUAUCGGUGGAUGUAUCCGUUCGAAAGAUAUCUUGGCAAAUUCAAGCGGUAUGUUAAGAAUAAAGCCCGUCCAGAAGGUUCAAUAGCGGAAGCCUACAUUCACAUCGAGUGUUUGACAUUUUGCUCCAUGUAUCUCCAAGAUGUUGAAACGAAGUUUAAUCGAGCGGACCGCAACAUUGAUGGUGGAGAAGAGGAUACUAUAGAUGGUUUCAAAGUUUUCAACCAAAGACUUCGUCCAUUGGGUAUAGCUCGUAAUGUGCAAUUACAAGAUAAACUCCGCACCUCAGCCAUAUGGUACGUGCUUAACAACUGUAUCGAGAUUGGACCUUAUCUCGAGGAGCACUAUGAGAAAUGUAGGUUGUCAAAUCCAAAUUCUGUCGAUCGUACGCAUCAAACUGAGUUUCCAACUUGGUUCAAGCAACGUGUUCAAGACCAACGUACGGGAAACCCACCACGGGUGUCCGCUGAUUUGUAUGCGUUAGCUUGUGGUCCUGACCCUUGGGUUGCAUCAUAUGCUGCCUGCAUUAUAAAUGGUAAACGGUUCCAUACGAAGCAGCUUGAACUUCGCCGGUGA